AAGUCUUAUCCGCGUGACCAACAGGUAACGCAAUGAUCGCAGUACAAUUUUGUAAUCCUUUCGAACAGAAAAUACUCGAAUGACUUGUGGCAAAGUACAUAUUUACAGAGCUUAAGAUGACAGAUUAACAAUCGGGCUAUCAAUCAAAAAUGCAACCUUUGACAUUCUCUACUGGUUAAUGAUCUAAAUCAAAAACACCAAAUAGCUAUACUCUCUGUAAAAACAUUGAUAAAUCCAUAACUCCCACGGAAAUUACACUCUCAAAYACUAAAGAAUACAGCGAGUUAUGUAAGGGGACGCUCUAUCAGCAGAUGGAUGACUCUAGAACACUUGAUCGCGCAUUUCUGGAAUCAUUACAAGAGGACGCUACAUACAGUCGUGGGUCAUUGGAAAAGYUCAUAGAGUCAAUAGCGCUUGGCUGUCUCUUUCUCCUCUCGUUUUUUGCCAACGGAAUCAUAUGUACUGUURUAUUUCAGUCUAAUCGACGACAAACUGUGUCCAAUAUUCUGCUGCUGUCACUUGUUUUCUCAAACUUCUUGAUAUCAGUUUUAGUUCUUCCAUUUGUGAUUGCAUCAGUCAUAGCCGACGAAUGGGUGUUCGAGGGYGUCUGGUGUGAAGCUUCAGGGUUCCUAGUCACGUGCUUGACGACGGCCUCGAACACAUGUAUCGCAGCCAUAGCAAUACAUCGGUACUACAUCGUGGUGAAACCGCUGGCUUUGAAGAUUGAUUUACAAAGGGCAAAUUGCAUUGUGGGMUUCUUGUGGUUUUCGGCGGCGACAUGCGCAGUGCCGCCAUUAUUCGGUUGGAACUCGUACGUAUAUUCCUCAGGUAAAGCGGGGUGUACGCUAUGGUGGAGGUCCUCAGGGGCUGCUUUAGGUUAUACGAUGUAUUACGUGACAAUAACGUUUGUCACGCCAUUAAUGAUUAUUCUACUUGUUUAUCGAGCGAUUUACAGUAAAGCAAAGAGACAGCYCAAACUGGAUUCAUAUCUCUUUAAUGGAAUGAAUGGCCAUGUUGCAUCUCGARCAGAGCAGAGUUUGCGCAUGUGCAGUUGUCUAUCAAMCUGUACAUCGACUAUGAACAACUAUCCUCGUUCUUCGUCUUUCUACGACCCGUCAUCAUCUAUUUUAACAGGGCGGCGAAGUACUAAGGUCUCGCGUCACAGCUCCGUAAUACGACAGAGAACAUUUCAAAGUGUGUCUGCAAUUGUAGUGUCCUUUGUUGUCUGUCUGUCUCCUUACUUCGUGUUUAAUGUCUGGACGUCUUUCCAACAAACUGCCACGCCCUAUGGCAUCAUUGACUUUUGUACCACGUGGUUGUAUCUAAGUAUGACAGCUGUCAAUCCAAUGACGUAUGGAUAUUCUAAUAGACAGAUGCGACGAGCAGUUAAAAGGCUUCCGUUUGUCAGGCGAUUGUUCAAGCACGGACGAGACAGGGCGUAUCAAAUGGACCCUAGUGCUGUUUUGGCAGCUCCAAGGCGAAUAAGACACGGAAUGUCUAGUCAAAGUAAUGACGCAUUAGAAUUAAGUGAACGGUCGUGAAAACGGACCUUUAACGUAGCCDGCGUUGUUGCUCAGCGACCCUUUAGGUUCAGUAGCGAUGUAAGCACGCCUUUAGAAACGAACAAUCCAUCACCCCUCCUACUUUCCUUGGCACCCCUUUUUCUUUCGGGAUUCAUUUCCUUGUACUGGAAACAGGAACAGGAAUCCCGAUACGAAAAGGGGUACAGCACGCAGACAAAUAUCUAGACGUCGAAGUGARAAAACACAUUAAAAAAUGUGUCGAUUUGUGUCGCCCCACUUUGAUAUCUAAAAAGUUGGUUCAAACUUGUCACGAUAAAUUGAUUCGGAGAGUAUUAAAGAGUAUUAAAACAAU